AUGGACAGGAUUGACAAAUAUAAGAGGGUGGAAGAGGACCAGCUACAAGGGAAAAGAAAGGAGAAGAUCACCCCCCUCAAAGGGAAUGAUUACAGGUUGGAACGAUAUAAUAGUAACCAGCCGAAGAGGGAUUUUUCGAGACAGGCUGGACAAACCAACAUGCAAACGGUUAAUGCCAUAUUUAGAGAGCCGGUGCAACAAGUUCUGGAGAAAGACAAAAACGAGCCUUUCUUCAAAUGGCCGAGUAAAAUGGCCGGAGACCCCUUGAAGCGCAACCAGAACCUGUAUUGUCAUUAUCAUCAAGACCAAAGGCAUACCACCGAGGAUUGCAGAAAUCUAUGGAAUCACUUGGAUCAGUUGGUCCGAGAAGGAAAGUUACGUCACCUUUUACACCACUCCAGCGGUCAUCUGGGCCAAGCAGUUCAAGAGCCUCGGAAAGAUGUAUCUUUGAGACCUCCCAUGGGGACGAUACAGGUCAUCCUCGCUGCCCCAGGAAGAAUAGGCUUUUUUCCCUCUGGGGUACUGAUCGUGGCUCGACUCCCCGCCGAGGACGGUGAAAGGGAGUCCAAAAGACCUAAACAGGGGAACUCACCAAUAUUGGGAUUCCCGGACGACGAUACUUUAGUGGUUACGUUGAGGAUUGGAGGGUUUGACGUAAAGAGGGUACUAGUAGAUCCGGGUAGUGCAGUGGAAGUAAUGUACCCUGAUCUGUAUAAGGGGCUGAACUUAAGGCCUGAGGAUUUAAUGGCUUAUGACUCUCCUCUUAUAAGUUUCGAAGGGAAGACUGUUGUACCAAAAGGGCAGAUCAGAUUACCCAUAUAG